AUUUCAAAACUGGUUGGUACUGGUUAUGUACAUCUGCGAGCUGUGUGGUCUUUCAUUUGAAACAGAAAAGGAAAGUUAUGAGCACGAUGUUAGUGAAAAGCACCACAGGAAGUUUGAUGAAUAUGAAUUAAAGCAUGGACGUCAGCCAUUUCAUUUUUGUUCUAUAUGCUAUUGUGGAAACAUACAGGGACUCAAGUGCUGGAUUAACCACACUCAGAAUUCCCGUCAUAAAACCAGUUUAAAAUCUUUCUAUGAAUUUUAUGGGGUUUGCCCCGAAACUGUAUCGACACAGCAACCAGUUCGUGGACCUAAAAUAUGUCACAAAACUGAUUCAGUCAGUAACGGUCUUUGUACGCGCAAUGCAAAACGCUCAUCUGAUACCCUCCAAUCAUCACGUUACAAGUGUUCUAAUGAUAUCUCUUCCACUCAGUUAUCUAAGAAACCAAAAAUCUCAAAUACUUCUAAUGUUCAUGAGGGUGGAAUGAUGUUGAAUAUUUUAGAGACUAUUGAUAAAGACUCAGCAGAUGCGUGUAAACAAGAGAGGCAAAGUGAAAAGAUAAGCAGCAAGAAGUCAAAAGAAUUAUGCUGUAAAGGAAGCAAAUCCACUCCGGACCGUCGUGAUUCUAAAAAAAUGAAGUCUGUACGGAAGGACCAUCUCCCUGUUUAUCCCGAAAUGUUUGGGUGCCCAUCAACUUCUCCAAAACCACUUGCAAACCAACCUAUGAAUGAAGGCACUAAGAAAUCUGGAGAACUCCAGUGCAUAGAAAAAGCGUUAAUCAUUUCUCAGGAACUCCAAUCACUUAAAAUCAAACAGGAUGAACUGGAAUUAAUAUUACGGAAAACUGAAACUGAGUUAAAUUUAGUCAAAGCUAAAAGGCGUGAGUUAAAACAAGAACGAUCCAAUCUACUACAAGGGCUGAAUCAUUCGGACUCUGAUAUUGAGAGUCACGCGAACACUUCGUGUUCUGAGCCAGCCAAUAUACAACAGAAUGUUACCUUACCAAUUCAAAAGUCAAAUGUAAAAGUUGUUGCUUCUAUAGCUCCUUUGGAUACACUUGAUGUUGAUACAUGUCGUCCUACUUCUUGUUUGCUCGAUUCAACAACAAUAAAUAAACAACAAAUUGAUAUGCCAGCAAGUUUAUCGUCUGAUAAAACAAGCGAUCAACAACCAGACUUAAAUCACCCUACAAAUGCUGUCAUAUCCUCAUCAUCCAUUCCUGAAACGGCUUCCAACCUCCCUACAGCCUCUUGUGUUCCUCAAAGUCAUACUUCUGUAGCUCCACAUGAAACAAUAUCUAAUUCGUUUAAUCCAAUACCUACCAGUUCAAGUUCAACUGGUGUUGAUUUAGAGCGUCUGGCUCUUAUACGUCAGGCUCUUCAGUCACCAGACAGCUGGCAGUUCACCUUCGAUGAAGUUGACCGAAUGCUAAAACAAGCAGCAGCCAAAGUUUCUACCAAAGCAGUUAAUAACAACGUUGAAUCGCUACAACGUCCAACUCAAACAGAAGCUACUGGAUAUUUACCAGUGAUAGUUAAAGAUAAAAUCAGAUCACUAAAGAUAAAAGGUGAACCAGUCAUCCACCCAACAGCAACAGUUGAAGAGCAAUCAAUAGAUUCAAAUGAAAAAAGCCGUAUUGACACAUUAGAUUCGUCUAAAACUACCAGCCUUCCAAACACAUCCAUGAUAACCUCUGUUCGUCAUAUUUCACUUACAAAACAAAUGAACAGAUCUAUCUCUUCUUCCUCUUCGACGUCAUCAUCAUCAGAUGAAGACUGUAGUUAUAAAAAAACGUAUAACGACAAGAAAAUCUCACUUCCUGUUAAAGCUAAAGUUGAAGCUGACACAAAUAAUCCUCCUGUCAAAUCAGAAUCCACAUUAUCAGACACUUUACCCAUAAAGGGCAGUAUUAAAGUAGGUGAAUUUCAUGCUUUUGGUGGCUGUGCUACAGCUGUGAUUGAUAUGGCAGUGAACCCGACUACUCAUGUGGUCUAUAUUGGAGGACAGAACGGUACUAUCGUUGAGUGUGAUUUAAAAACUCAUCAGUGUGUAUCUAAACUUCCACCUAGAGAUGCUAGCAUUACAAAAUUGUGCUUAGAUCCGAAGAGUGAAUCCAUUUUUGUUGGCUAUUAUGACCAUUAUUUUGGUGAAUACAGCUUAAAAACCAAUUUGUUAGUACAUAAAAAUAUUUUUUCCAGUCGUAUCGCAGCAUUAGCGGUCGCUCCAUCACCUGAAGUGCCAUAUAUAUAUUUAGGUUUCUUUAAUGGGGACAUAUUGCGUUAUAAUCUUGGGACACAUGCAAUCGGUUUUCUAUGCCGGCAUACAACUGGUUACCACCAAUCUGAUAUUGUAAAUGAUGAAGCAACAAAUAGUUUAAUACAACAAAAAGAAACUUCAGAUUCAACUGAAUCAGCUGGUAUCACUUCAUUGUGUCUUGUACAGUCGGGGACCUCUUUACUUUUAAUUGUUGCUAGUUUAGACAGAUCUAUUUCUAUCCGCUCGGCUGUCAAUGGCACAUUAGUGUGUUGUAUUCAAAGUUCUGUCCAAAAGGGUCCACCCCAAGGUAUCGCAUGUUUACCCAGUGGCUCCUUUUUCUCAUCCUAUUCUGAUCGUUCCAUUCGCAUAUAUAAUUGGAAGACUGGAUCUUCCGAAUCAACUUUCCAUGUUCAUAAAGUAGCUAGUUCUUGUGUAAUGCAACGCUAUAUUGCUGUGGGUGACUCAGAAGGUGCAGUUCGUGUUUACAAGUUUCAAUCAAAUGGAUUGCCUGUUACACGACCGAUAAAAGUCUACUUCAUAUCUACUCGAGGAGCAGUCACUUCACUGACAUCUGUGGGCGACACUCUAAUCGCAGGCAGCUUAGAUGGAUCUGUUACCGUUAUCUUAGUCAAUGAACCAGCUUCCAACUAUGUUUGCCUGUAUGGAAAAAAAUAUGGAGAAAAUUGUGGUAUUGGCUUCAUGGAUCGUCAUGACCUUAUUCACCAUGUGCUUAACGAACACAUUAAAUUUGAAAAUAAUAAAACAGUAAUGUGCGGGUGGAGUUCGGGUCGUUGCAGGGUUCGAUUCACUGAAACACAAACUAUGAAGUCCAUAAGCGAUCAUCUGUUGACUCACAUACCUGAUUAA